AUGACAAUACAAUCAUCAAUUUCAUCUUCAAAUCAAUCAAUAACACCAAAAACUAAAUUAACAAAUCUUGAACUUGAACUUGAACUUGAACUUGAAGAAGAGGAAGGGGAAGAACAACCACAAGAAGUUCAAGAAAUAAAUUCAACUUCUUUUUCUUCUUCAAUUACAUUUGGAUUAUAUGAUGAAUCAGAUGGUGAUAAAGCCUAUUUAGCCAAAUCUAAAUUAAUAGCUGAAUCAAUUCAAUCAAUAGGUUUUGGAAAAUAUCAAAUUGGAUUAUUUUUUGUUGCUGGAUUUGGUUGGUUAAGUGAUAAUGCUUGGCCUGUAGCUACAAGUUUAAUAUUACCUCGAUUAAAUGAAAUUAAUGGAGUUCAUCCACCACCACCAUCAUCAUCAUCAUCAUCAUCAUCAUCACCCAACAAGGGACCAUAUUUGAUGUUGGCACAAAAUUUAGGAUUAUUAUUGGGAGCAGCAUUUUGGUCAAUAUCAUCAGAUAUAAUUGGACGGAAAUGGGCAUUUAAUUUAACAUUUUUAAUCACUGGUAUUUGGGCAAUUAUUGGUGGUUCAAGUCCAAAUUUUAUAGCCCUUUGUUGUUUUGAAGCCUUUUGGAGUUUUGGCGUUGGUGGGAAUUUAUCAGUAGAUUCAGCUAUAUUUCUUGAAGCAUUACCAAGUUCAUAUCAAUGGUUAUUAACGGUUAUGUCAGCAUGGUGGGCCAUUGGACAAAUUGUGGUUAAUCUUAUUUCAUGGGGAUUAAUUGCAAAUUUUUCAUGUCCAACAAUAGACAACGACGUUGGUAGUGGUAGUGGUAGUGGUAAUAUUAUAUGUUAUAAGGAAGAUAAUAAAGGUUGGAGAUAUUUUUUAUUUACUAUGGGAGGAUUAACGUUACUUAUGUUUUUCGCAAGAUUUGCUUUUCAAAUAUUUGAAUCACCUCGAUAUUAUCUUGCAAGAGGUGAUUCAAUUAAAACUAUUGAAACAUUGGAAAAAAUCGCUAAAAUUAAUGGGAAAACUUGUCCUAUAACUAUUAAAGAUUUACAAGAUAUUGAUGAAUUGUAUGAUGAAUCGGAAUUAGAAAAAGAAACAGAAACAGAAACAGACACCACCACUACCACCACCAAAAAAAAUAAUAGAUUGAUUAAAGAAAAAUUGAAAAAAUAUAAUUUAUCUCACGUUAGACAAUGUUUUACAACAUCGAAAAAAAUGACAUUAUCAAUAAUAUUAGUGGUUUGGUUAUGGGGAGUUAUAGGAUUAGCAUUCCCAUUAUAUAAUGCUUUUAUACCAAGUUAUUUAGAAUCUCGAGGUGAUGCCAAUAAACCUUUAACCGUACAUGAAACUUAUCGAAACACAUUAAUAAUAUCAAUUUUAGGUAUCCCUGGCUCAUUGAUUGGUGGAAUAUUAGUUGAAUUAAAAAUAGGUCGCAAAGGAACAUUAUUUUUAUCAUUAAUAUUAACUGGGAUAUUUUUAUUUGGAUCAACAACGGCGAAAACUUCAAAAGCAAAUUUGGCUUGGAAUUGUAUGUUUUCAUUCAUGUCAACGAUUAUGUAUGGAGUAUUGUAUGCUUAUACACCAGAGGUUUUUUAUUCACAAAUUAGAGGUACGGCAAUAGGGUUAGCCGCUUCAUUUAAUCGUAUUAUGGGAGUAUUUGCUCCUAUAAUUGCCAUAUAUGCUGAUUUAACCACUUCAGCCCCCAUAUUUGUCUCAGGAGCAUUAUUCAUUUUUGCCGGAAUCUUGAGUUUAUGUUGUCCAUAUGAACCAAGGGGUAAACCAAGUUAUUAA